AUGUUCAGAAAAGUACUUUAGAAUUUUACAAAAAAGAAAUUAAAAAUAGAUAAUUAUGGAUAAAACUUAGAGGAUCCUUAUUAGUAUCACAAAUCUAUAAAUAAAUUGAAAAGAAUGGACCCAAAAUAUUAAUCAAUAUUGGAGGAGCCUCAUUUCUAAAAAGUAUUUUUUUGAUUCAAUUAGUGCAGCUAUCAAAUUUUAGGAAGGAGUAUUUAUUCAAUUUGAAAAGAUGGCCAGAUGAUAAUGAGAUUUUAAUCGACAUCGAUAAAUUCAAUUUUUUAGAAUAUAUUAAAUUUCUGUUUAAAAGCAAAUUUGAUGAUUUAGAGGAAAAAGAUUAAUUCCCUUACAGAGCAUUUCAAGCAAUCUUACUGUUUAUUGUCGUAGAAGUUUUAUUGAACUUGCAUUAUUAUACUUGCAAAGAAGAAUACAAAGAAUAUUAGAAAGAAGACAUAAAACCUCAUUAUAAUUAUAAAAAUUUAGAAACUGAAUUAAGAUAUUCAAUAUUAUUAUUUAACAGAUCAGUCAAUUGA